GAGGCUCUUGUAGAUGGAUUUGCUAUGAUUCAUAAGUGUUCUACUGAGGGCCGAGCUCUCAUGUCGAUGGACCUUCAGGUUCUCCAGUUCUCACUUGACAAGAUACAGCCUGCUAGACCAUUACGCGGAGCUGCAUAUGUUGACUCUUACAUUAAGGCUUGGUACUUCGAUGACCAUGAUUUGCGAACUUGG